AUGGAUUCUGUUGGUGGAGAUCACGACGUCGAUGGUGAAGAGCGAAGAGAAAGAAGGAGGAGGUGGGGGUGGAGCGAGGAAGACCUGCAGGAGAAUGACAGGCGGAUGACAAGAAUAAGAGAACUGAUACGCCAGGCAGACGAGGAAAUCGAGGAAGAAGAGGGAGGAAAGAAGUGCGAUCCGGCGACCAUGGCGGGUCUGCACGUUCCGGCGGUCAGCGAGACGAGGGAAGAAGACUGCGCGGUGUGCCUCGAGGAAUUCGUCGACGACGGCGAGGAAAAGCUCAGGAUGAUUCCCUGCUCCCACUCCUUCCAUGAGCGCUGCAUCUUCGACUGGCUAAGCCGUGAUCGUCGGUGUCCAGUCUGCCGUUUUGCGAUUAAAUCUUAG